GAUUUGCGUUCCCACUGUCAAACUCUUUUUGUUUACCUUUAUUUUGUUUUAUUUUUAAAUGGAAUCCUUGACCAAAUACCGUUAUGGUUUGGUGGCAGGAGCUUUUGCUGCCGGUGGCAGCUUCUUUGGAAAGUUACCAAGCCACCUGAGCGCUCAGAAAUUGCUAAAUGCUUCCGAAUCCACGUACUUGGAAAUUAUAUUAAUGCGUGCUGUACCUUUGGCUUUAAUGCUACUUUGCAAUGUUAGCAAUUUGCGUUGUUUUUUAAAGGCUCUGCAAAUGACUGAACAAACAUUAACCUGCGUGGUCCUAACUGCUGCCUCCAAUUAUGUCUUAUCGUUUGUUUUAGGAGCACUUGUAUAUGGGGAGCCCUUAACGGUGGUAUCUGGGCUUGGAAUAACACUUAUAUUGUCCGGUCUUUGGUUCCUUUGUGAUGCGGGAGCAGUGGAAGGAAGCCAAAAGGAAGCUGAAAAGGAGGAAUAGUUGAUGGAGAAAUGUAAAAAAAAAUAUAAAUAAAAAAUGUAGUUACUAAAUAAGGAUACAAAUAGGACAAUUUAUACUCAGGCAGGAGAAAAAAAAAUAAAUUUUUGAU